ACUGGUUUAUGUAUGGUACUUUUAUUUAUUGUAGAUAAUUUAAUUGAAUAGAUUUCUAAAAUGAGUCAUAUCUACCUACUUACGUUUACCUACUUAUAUUUCGUUUAAUUGAAGACGAGCAGUGAAAUUAUCAGUGUCUGCUACUUUAAAAAUGUCUCACCCUCCGCCAAACCAGUAUGGCAUGCAUCCCCCUCCAGGACAACCUCCACCGGUUUAUCCUGCGUCAGGUUCAAUAUAUCCCAACCUUCCCCAUCCGCAAAACUUUGGGCCGCCACCGCCGUACCACUCGAACCCGCCACCGCAGCCAAUGGGCCACCCCAUACCGCAACCUCAGCAUCAUACAGGUCACCCAAUACCGCAAUAUCAUGCAGGUCAACCCAUACCGCAACCGCAAUAUCAUGCAGGUCAACCCAUACCCUACCCAUCGAGUGGAGUACCUCAAAUGCCAGUACCGGGUUUGCACCCGCAACACGGGUAUCUACCGCCACCUGGACUUGCAGGGCCGCUCGAUUCCCACCACCAAAAGAAACUUAAAAAGAAGGAAUUAAAGAAAAUGAUGAAAAUGGGAAUUCCGAUCGCGGGUGCGACCGCUGUUGGAGCUUAUGGUGUUUCGAAAAUGCACAAGCAUAAGAAGCACAAGCACAAGUCGAAGCAUAAGAGCAGCAGCAGCAGCAGUUCAAGUGAUUAAAAUUAAUUAUUCUUAUUACAUGGUUUAAAGUUGGGGUUAAAUGUAUAGGUUUUAUAUAUUAUCAUUGUAAUAUUAUGGAUUAUGAAUUGGUUAAAUAGGCUAAUCUUUCAAUAAAAAGUAGUCGGUUUUCUAGAGCCAGCA